AUGACUUGCCAACUUUCGCAUGAACAGUAUGCAGUUGCAGGUGUAGAUGGUGAACAUUUGCAGUACGCUUGGAUCGCUUUAAAAAGGGAAUAUAGCAAACCUGUACAGUACGGUAGUAAU